CUCCGGCCCACGGGAGCAGGUUCACUGUUGCCUAGGGGAAUGGGAAGCCGCCUUUAUUUGGCCCCACCCACUUUCUUCACACCCUUUCCUCGAAAAUCAGCUCCGUCUCCUGUCCUCUCCAACCAGAGUGUUUCUCUGGCUCCACCCUCCUCAGCGAUGCAGCCAAUAAUCCCAGGCCCUGACGCCACACCUUCCAACCAGCUACGUCCCACUCCUGCUCGGCCAAUCAGCGCCCUCGGCCUCCGCGCCCCGCCCCCCUCGCCGCCGCCUCCUUUCCACUCCGUCCGCCUCCGGCCAGAGGGCAAUGCGGCGGGGGAGAGGGGGCAGGCCCCUCCUCCUUUGUCCGCCCUGCCCUCCCAUUGGCCGGAGCGGGGGAACAGGGGCGGAGCCCGGAACAGGGGAGGAAACCAGCAGCCUGGGGGCGGAGCCGGGCAGCCCUAGCGGGGGCAAGGCUGCUCGCGCUCGGCGGGGCCGGUGCGUGGGGCAGCAGGCAAGCUCCAGCUCGAGCUGCCAGCCCCGGGCCCGCCGGUGCCAUGGACGGCCUGCGCCAGCGCUUCGAGCGCUUUCUGGAACAGAAGAACUUUGUCACCGAAGCGCUCGGAGCGCUCGAAGCCAAGAUCGGUGUCGAGAAGCGGUAUCUGGCCGCGGGAGUCGUCAUUCUGCUAAGCUUGUACCUUCUGUUCGGCUACGGGGCAUCUCUGCUGUGCAACCUGAUCGGAUUUGUAUACCCCGCAUAUGCUUCAGUCAGAGCCAUCGAGAGCCCAGGCAGAGACGACGAUACCGUGUGGCUCACCUACUGGGUGGUGUACGCUGUGUUCGGACUGAUGGAGUUUUUCAGCGACCUACUCCUGUUUUGGUUCCCUUUCUACUACGCGGGCAAGUGCGCCUUCCUGUUGUUCUGCAUGACGCCGGGGCCCUGGAACGGGGCUCUAGUCCUGUAUCAUCACGUGGUGCGUCCAGUGUUCCUAAAACACCACGCGGCCGUGGACAGCGCCGUGAGCCAAAUCAGCGGCCGAGUCCUGGACGUGGCAGCCGGAAUAGCCAGGGACGUGCUUCAGGCCCUGGCCCGCGGCCGGGCGCACGUCACCCCAGUGCCGGCAGCGGAGCCUCCAGUGGCCCUGGAAGCCCCCCCCAAGGCAAGCCAGAGCCCGCAGCUGAAGGACAAGUGAAGCCGCCCUCCAGCUCUGGCACGGACCAGUCCAGCAGGAAGGGGCGCACACCAGGCACCCAGCUCCCCACACCAGGCACCCAGCACCCCACAGCAGGCACCCAGUAUCCCACAGCAGGCACCUACCACCCCACAGCAGGCACCCAGUAUCCCACAGCAGGCACCUACCACCCCACAGCAGGCACCCAGCACCCCACAUCAGGCAUCCACCAAUCUACAUCAGGCAUCCACCACUCCACAUCAGGCACCCAGCACCCCACAUCAGGCACCCAGCACCCCACAUCAGGCACCCAGCACCCCACAUCAGGCAUCCACCACUCCACAUCAGGUACCCAGCACCCCACAGCAGGCACCUACUACUCCAUAUCCGGCACCCAGCAUCCCACAACAGGCACCUACCACUCCACAUCAGGCACCCAGCACCUCACAGCAGGCACCUACUACUCCACAUCAGGCACCCAGCAUCCCACAGCAAGCACCUACUACUCCACAUCAGGCACCCAGCACCCCACAGCAGGCACCCAGCACCCCAUAGCAGGCACCUACCACUCCACAUCAGGCACCCAGCACCCCACAGCAGGAACCUACUAUUCCACAUCAGGCACCCAGCACCCCAUAGCAGGCACCCAGCACCCCAUAGCAGGCACCCAGCACCCCAUAGCAGGCACCCAGCACCCCACAGCAGGCACCUACCACCCCAUAGCAGGCACCCUGCACUCCACAGCAGGCACCUACCACCCCACAGCAGGCACCCAGCACCCAACAUCAGGCACCUACCACCCCACAGCAGGCACCCACCACCCCACGGAGCCCUCUGCAGAUUCCCAGGCAGAGCCUCGGGCGGGGCACUCAAGUCCCAUCCGGCCCACCGGGAGCCCCCUCUCUGCUGCCUCCACAGAGUCUCACUCACUGACCACCCCCAGCUCCAUGUCCCAGGGCCAGGCAGUCUCUGGCUCUACCAGUGGCUCCCAGGUGGCCAGAAAGACACAGAUUCAGCCCCAGCCCCGCACUGGCUUCUCCAACUCGGCCCCGGUGCCCUCCCCGCAGGCCGCGGGGUCCUCAGGGACCGGGCGGGGCCCCAGCACCACCUCCAAUCAGGACCCGUCCCUUGGCCAGUCUCCUAGUAGCACCACCACCCCCUCGCAGUCCCCCAGCAAGCUGCCCAGCGGGCCCCGCAACACAGCCUCCAAGGGCAGCUUCCCGCAGCAGAAGGAGGCCGCCACCAGCACCUCGGGACCCAGGUCGCCCGUCCCCUCCCAUUCUGAGUCCUCGCUGGAGUUGGAGUGCUCCUCGGAGUCCACCACCGAGAUCACCUACACCUGGCCACACUACCGACACCAGCUGCCCUGCCGCCGGCCCUGCUGGCUCCUGAAACACCUGGCCUACUAGGCACCAGCUGGACGUGCCCAAUAAAGUUCCGGCCCCA